AUGAUGCCCACUACCAACCACCUUCUCGGCACAUUGCUUUUCUCGGCUUCACUAUUUAGCUCGGGAUACGCAACUGUGACUUGCGUCAAUGAGGAGACCAAUAUACUCCUGAACCCAUCAUUCGAAACCGGGGAUAUCACCGACUGGUUGGUCGCUGCAGCCUAUGGCCGAGAGAUCGAGUCGGGAGGUGCUUCUGAUGGAACUUAUUAUCUCGAGGCUCCUCGCAUUUACAACUACAAUUACUUGGAGCAACCGCUCACUGACCUCGAAGUUGGAGAGACAUACACCCUAGAAGUCGACUUCAAAUUCGCCUGGACCCUCACUAGUACCCCCAGCACGGCAUUGAAUAGAUGUUGGCUCGGUUUUGCUCAAAAUUCUUAUACUUCAUGGAUUGACGAGCAGCAUGUCUUCUACUCAUCUAUCAACCCAGAUUGGUCAACAUUGACUACAUCCUGGACGCCAACCUCGUCCUCCGCUAACCUCUACGUCACUUUCGGCUGCAACUAUGUCAAUCUGAAUGCCUUCAUGGUGGAUAACGUUCGCGCUCUCAAGACAACUUCCGUUUGCACGACCAGCAUCCCUCCCCCGGUUGUUACCCCAACUACCAUUGCCACAACUAGCAUUGCUUCCUCCAGCGCUGUUUCCUCUAGCAGUGCCAGCUCCUCGCAUAUUGCCUCUUCCUCCGCAGUGCAGUUGAGCUCUAGCUCCUCUGUCGUGAGCUCCGUUCGUGUUCCUCCUAGCUCUUCCAAGCCUGUGAUUCACUCAUCCACCAAUGUUGCCUCUUCGACCGUGACUCCUGUUACUAGCCCGUCCGCCCCAGCUGGUGUUUCUUCUUCUUCGGCCAUUGUUCCUCACUCCGGCCGUCCUACAACGUCACCUAUCCGUUCUUCCUCGUUGAGCCGUCGUCCGAUUUCCUCCACUGCGAAGCCCCACUCUACUCCUCUUGCUUCGUUGACUCCUAUCUCUUCGUCGACUCCUUCGGGUUCCAACACUGGCUCCGGCUCUAGCACAAACACCAUCUCUACUUCUGGCUCUACUACCACUUGCACUGAAUCCGGCUCCGGCUCCGGUUCUACUACGCCCGGCUCUAACUCUGGAUCUGGCUCCAGCUCCAGCACAAGCACCAUUUCUGCUUCUGGCUCUACCACAACAGGCUCUGGCUCUGGCUCUAACACCUCUGGAUCUGGAUCUGGAUCUGGCUCCACUACCACUUGCACCGAAUCUGGCUCCGGCUCCGGCUCUAGCACGAACACCGUCUCUGCCUCCGGUUCCACUACUACUGGAUCUAACACUGGAUCCAACACCAGCCCUGGCUCCGGCUCUAACACCUCUGGUUCUGGUUCCACUACCACUUGCACUGAAUCUGGCUCCGGCUCCGGCUCCGGCACAAGCACAAGCACUAUCUCUGCUUCUGGCUCCAUUACAACGGGAUCUACACCUCCCCAAGGGGUCACAUCAACAAUUCUGUCUACCAGAACUAGCACCAUCACUGAAUGCCCCGCCAGUGUCACCGACUGCCCUGCCCGUCAGCGCACUACUUACCUUACAACUGAGACCGUCGUUGUGGGUACUACUGUCUGCCCUCUUACUGAGGGUAUCCAGCCUACUGGUGUUGCUUCCACCGGUUCACAGCCAGGCGGAGGCUCAGGCAACGGCAAUGGCUCUGGCUCUACCGAAAUGACUACCUCCACUGUUUUCACUACACGUACUUCAACCGUCACCGCUUGUCCUUCCUCUGUGAAGGAUUGCCCUGCUACCGCGAAGUCGACCUAUGUUACCACUGAGACUAUUGUUGAUUAUACUACCGUUUGCCCUGUUACCGCCACAGAGACUGGUAUCCCUACCGCUCCGUCAUACACCAACGUUGCACCCACCGGUGCUGUAUCUACUGGCACUGGAUCUACUGGCAAAGAAACCACUGGAUCCGGCCCUGAGGCCUCUGGCACUGAGUCGGUCAUUACUACCGUUAUCGUUGCAACAGUUACCGGAUCUGCCGCAAGCGAGACCGUCGUUAUUGCAACUGAAGUUUUGACCGUCACUGCCGUCGGAGCUUCGAACUCGGGCAGCCGAGGUGUUGGGGCUAUCGGUACUACCGUUCCUUCAAGCGGUGUUAACAAUCAGCCCACCGCUUCAGGCUUCUCGACCUCUUCUUCUUCUGUUCCCCAGGGAGGUUCUUCGUCUGGAUCUACUUCCACCGCUGGAUCUCCAGCCGGUACCAGCCCUGCUGCUUUCAACGGAGCUUCUGGGUCUUUCACUUUCUCUUCUAGUCUGCUCUGCGGACUGGCCCUUCUUGUUGUGGCCUAUGUUUAUUAA